AUGGCGAGUACGAGUGGGACCAAAGAUGAGGUGGGCCCACCGAGGUCGUUGUCAAGGAGGAUGACGAGGUCUUCCACUAUGGUUGAUCCUAAUGCCGAUGGUGUUGACAGCGAGCUUGUUCCUUCUUCCCUUGCUUCUAUUGCUCCCAUCCUUCGGGUUGCCAAUGAGAUCGAGAAGGAUAAUGACAGAGUUGCUUACUUGUGCCGGUUUCAUGCAUUUGAGAAGGCCCACAGGAUGGAUCCUAUAUCUAGUGGACGUGGUGUUCGCCAGUUCAAGACCUACCUGCUACAUAGACUUCAGAAGGAAGAAGAAACGACAAAACCUAAGCUAGCAAAAAGUGAUCCUAGAGAAAUCCAGAAGUUCUACCAGAACUUCUAUGAGAAAAACAUCAGAGAAGGCCAAUACACAAAGAAACCUGAGGAGAUGGCCAAGAUUUAUCAGAUUGCAACGGUUCUAUAUGAUGUACUAAGGACUGUGGUACCUGCUUCAAAAAUCGAGCAAGAGACUCAACAAUACGCAAGAGAUGUAGAUGCAAACAGAGAACAACAUGAACACUAUAACAUCCUUCCUUUGUAUGCUGUUGGAAAUAAACCAGCAAUUACAAGGCUUCCCGAGAUCCAAGCAGCUCUUCGAGCAAUUCGCACUGUGGAUAACCUUCCAUCUGUUAGAAGGAUAGGAGACGCAGACAAACCUAUUAAUGAUAUUCUGGAGUGGUUAUCAUUAAUUUUUGGUUUUCAGGAAAUGUUGCAAAUCAACGGGAGCACUUGGUAUUGUUACUUGCAAAUAUUGAUAGAAGGUCGAAGGGGUGUUGAUGAUUAUGAUCAGUUGGAUAGCCAUACUGUAAAGCAUUUGCUGGAUAAAACUUUCAAGAACUAUGUCUCAUGGUGUCAUUAUCUGCACCGAACAUCAAUCAUUGAUUCAAAUAAGGUUCCACCUAGUGCUGAUAGGCAGCAGUUGCAUCUUCUCUACAUUGGACUCUAUCUACUCAUCUGGGGUGAAGCUUCAAACAUACGGUUCAUGCCUGAAUGCCUUUGCUAUAUUUUUCAUAAUAUGGCAAAUGAAAUGCAUGGAACUUUAUUUGGAAAUGUCCAACCUGUAAGUGGAGGGACAUAUCAAGCAGCAGCAGUUGGUGAGGAAGCAUUUCUGCGUGAUGUCAUCUCACCUAUUUAUGAUGUUCUUCGUAAGGAAGCCAGGAGAAAUCAAGGUGGCAAAGCAAGCCAUGCUUCAUGGAGAAAUUAUGAUGAUCUUAAUGAAUAUUUUUGGUCUGACAAAUGCCUUAAGUUAGGCUGGCCAAUGGAUCGCAAGUCUGACUUUUUUGUUCACUCCGAUGAGUCAUCGCGCCAUCAUGCAGGGCGCAAUCAAGUAGUAUCUGGAAAGAAGAAGCCUAAAACAAAUUUUGUUGAAGCUAUGAUCAUUGUUGCAUGGCAUGGAGAUGGAUCAAUCUUUGGAAUUUUGGAUGAAGGUGUCAUCAAAAGUAUCUUCAGCAUAUUCAUUACUCAUGCCAUACUUAAUUUUAUCCAAGCUAGUCUAGACAUAAUCCUUAGUUUCAAUGCCUGGGGGAGCUUAAAACCUACACAGAUUCUUCGCUAUAUACUCAAAUUCAUUGUAGCUGCAUUUUGGGUGGUAAUCUUGCCAGUUUGUUACUCAAGAUCAGUUCCAAAUCCAACAGGACUUGUGAAGUUUGUCAGUACUUUGGGGGGAAAUUGGAGAGAGCAAUCACUUUAUAACUACCUUAUAGCAAUUUACUUGAUACCCAACAUACUGGCUGCCUUUCUAUUUCUGCUUCCACCUAUAAGGAGACACAUGGAACGUUCCAAUUGGCGCAUAGUUACUCUUCUAAUGUGGUGGGCACAGCCAAAACUCUAUGUUGGAAGAGGCAUGCAUGAAGACAUUUUUUCUCUUUUCAAGUAUACUCUAUUUUGGAUAGUGCUGCUAAUAAGCAAGUUCGCAUUCAGCUACUAUGUGGAGAUACUGCCACUGGUCACACCCACAAAGUUAAUCAUGAAAAUGCAUGUUAGCAGCUAUGAGUGGCAUGAGUUCUUUCCCAACAUGACCCACAAUAUCGGCGUUGUUAUUUCUAUUUGGGCUCCAAUUGUCAUGGUCUAUUUCAUGGACACACAAAUUUGGUAUGCGAUAUAUGCUACUAUUAUUGGUGGAAUCUAUGGGGCCUUCAGCCACUUGGGUGAGAUACGGACACUUGGCAUGCUAAGGUCACGAUUUGAAUCGGUUCCUUUAGCUUUUGUUGAACGCCUUGUGCCUAUGCAAAAAGAUCCUAAAAGAGAUCAUGUGGAAGAUGAUCUAUCCAUGAGAAAGAACAUAGCAAAAUUUUCACAGGUGUGGAAUGAAUUCAUAUUUUCAAUGCGGAUGGAAGACUUGAUCAGCAACAGUGAGACAGAUCUGCUUCUUGUACCUUAUACUACAAGUGAUGUUCCAGUUGUCCAGUGGCCACCAUUCUUGCUUGCUAGUAAGAUCCCCAUUGCAUUAGACAUGGCCAAAGAUUUCAAAGGAAAGGAAGAUGCAGACCUGUUCAGGAAGAUCGCUAAUGAUGAUUAUAUGCGGUCAGCAGUGAUGGAAUGCUACCAAACACUUACGGCAAUAUUAUUUGAACUCAUUGAUGAUGACCGAGAUAAAAUGAUCUUACAGCAUAUAUGCCAUGAAAUAGAAACUAGCAUUCAACAGCGAACGUUUUUGAGUAAAUUUCGUAUGAGCGAAUUGCCUUCACUCAAUGAUAAGCUGGAGAAAUUCUUGGAUCAUCUGCUAGCAGACAAUGUUGAUGAUGAGAAAUACACAUCCCAAAUCAUCAAUGUUUUUCAGGAUAUCAUGGAGAUUAUCACACAAGAUGUUAUGAAUAACGGGCACGAGAUACUUGAAAGAGCUCACGCUCAUCAUCAUGAUAAUGACAAAAAGGAAAGAUUUGAGCGAAUCAAUGUCCAAUUAACUCAAAUCAGAUCAUGGAAGGAAAAGGUGGUGAGGCUUCGUUUGCUUUUGACUGUCAAGGAAUCGGCAAUUAAUGUGCCUACAAAUUUGGAAGCUCGUAGGCGUAUCACUUUCUUUGCAAACUCCUUAUAUAUGAAAAUGCCAAAUGCUCCAAUUGUCCGUAACAUGCUCUCAUUUAGUGUUUUGACUCCAUACUACAAAGAAGAUGUUCUCUAUUCAGAUGAUGAGCUUAAGAAGGAAAAUGAAGAUGGAAUUACAAUUUUAUUUUAUCUCCAGAAGAUAUAUCCAGAUGAAUGGAAGAAUUUUGAAGAGCGGAUUGCAGGUAGUAAGGAUAAAACAGAAGCCACACGUCAAUGGGUUUCUUACAGGGGGCAGACUCUUUCCAGAACAGUGAGAGGGAUGAUGUACUACAAGGAAGCUCUUCAGCUUCAAUGCUUCCUAGACUAUGCAAAAGACAAUGAGAUUUUUACUGGAUUCCGGACAGCUAACGUGAACAAACAUCACAUGGAUCUCAAAGAACGUGCAAGUGCAAUGGCUGAUUUGAAGUUCACCUAUGUUGUCUCUUGCCAGAUUUAUGGUGCUCAAAAGAAAUCCAGUGAGGAGAGAGAUCAAAGUUGUUAUACCAACAUCUUGAAUCUCAUGCUGACAUAUCCUUCUUUACGAGUUGCUUAUAUAGAUGAGAGAGAGGCUACCAUCAAUGGUAGAUCUCAGAAGGUUUACUACUCUGUUCUAGUCAAGGGUGGGGAUUCUUUAGAUGAGGAAAUAUACCGUAUCAAGCUUCCAGGCCCCCCUACAGAAAUUGGUGAAGGAAAACCUGAAAACCAAAAUCAUGCCAUCAUUUUUACCCGUGGAGAAGCACUACAGACAAUCGACAUGAAUCAGGACAAUUACUUUGAGGAAGCAUUCAAAAUGAGAAAUGUAUUGGAGGAAUUUCACAAGGAUCAUCAUGGCCAACGUAGACCAACAAUAUUGGGGUUGAGAGAAAAUAUCUUCACUGGAAGUGUAUCAUCACUAGCUUGGUUCAUGUCCAAUCAGGAGACAAGUUUUGUGACAAUUGGGCAAAGGGUUUUAGCAGACCCUCUGAGGGUGCGAUUCCAUUACGGUCACCCUGACAUAUUUGACAGACUCUUUCACAUCACAAGGGGUGGUGUAAGUAAAGCUUCUAGAACCAUCAACCUGAGUGAGGAUAUAUUUUCAGGUUAUAACUCCACUCUGCGUGGAGGUUAUGUGACACAUCAUGAAUAUAUCCAAGUAGGAAAAGGUCGUGAUGUUGGUAUGAAUCAAAUAUCCCUUUUCGAAGCUAAAGUUGCAAAUGGAAACGGUGAACAGACACUCAGCCGUGAUGUUUACCGACUUGGUCGCCGUUUUGAUUUUUACAGAAUGUUCUCAUUCUACUUCACCACAGUUGGUUUCUACUUUAGCAGCAUGGUCACUGUGCUGAUUGUUUAUGCCUUUCUAUACGGACGUAUGUACAUGGUUUUGAGUGGGUUGGAAGGGCGGAUAUUAGAAGAUGCAAGUCUUAGUAGCAACAAAGCCCUGGAAGAAGCUUUAGCCACCCAAUCUGUCUUUCAGCUCGGUUUACUUCUCGUGCUUCCUAUGGUUAUGGAAAUCGGUCUAGAAAGAGGAUUUCGCACUGCAUUAGGCGAUUUUAUCAUAAUGCAACUCCAACUCGCCUCUGUGUUUUUCACUUUCCAGCUUGGAACAAAAGCACAUUACUAUGGAAGAACAAUUCUACAUGGAGGUUCAAAAUAUCGCGCCACGGGUCGUGGUUUUGUUGUCUUCCAUGCAAAAUUUGCUGAAAAUUACAGGUUAUAUUCACGUAGUCACUUUGUGAAAGGGUUGGAAUUGGGGAUUCUGCUUGUUAUCUAUCAGGUGUAUGGGAAUUCGUACCGGAGUUCAAAUCUAUACUUGUUUAUAACGUUCUCAAUAUGGUUCUUGGUGGCUUCAUGGCUGUUUGCACCUUUUGUGUUCAAUCCUUCGGGAUUUGAUUGGCAGAAAACAGUGGAGGAUUGGACUGAUUGGAAAAGAUGGAUGGGGAAUCGUGGUGGGAUUGGAAUUGCACAGGAUAAAAGUUGGGAAUCAUGGUGGGAUGCAGAACAGCAGCAUCUUAAGUACACAAACAUAAGGGGAAGAAUUCUUGAAAUUAUACUUGCAUGUCGGUUCUUCAUCUAUCAGUAUGGACUUGUGUAUCAUCUUAAUAUUUCACGUGGAAGCACGAGUAUACUGGUUUAUGCGCUUUCGUGGUUGGUCAUGAUAUCUGCUCUUUUAGCAUUGAAGUUGGUGUCAAUGGGGAGAAGAAGAUUUGGCACAGACUUACAGCUGAUGUUCAGGAUCUUAAAGGCGCUUCUCUUCCUUGGCUUCCUUUCAAUCAUGACAGUCUUAUUUGUUGUAUGUGGCCUGACCAUCAGUGACAUAUUUGCUGCCUUCCUUGCCUUUUUGCCAACAGGCUGGGCAUUCAUGUUGAUUGGUCAAGCGUGCAGGCCUUGUGUAAAAGGCAUAGGAUUUUGGGACUCGAUAAUGGAGUUAGGGCGUGCAUACGAAUGCUUGAUGGGAUUGGUGAUAUUUAUGCCAAUUGUCAUACUUUCAUGGUUCCCUUUCGUAUCAGAGUUCCAAACAAGGCUGCUUUUCAAUCAAGCAUUCAGCAGAGGUCUCCAGAUUUCAAUGAUUCUUGCUGGGAAGAAGGACAAGGACAAGACCUAACCUACUUGUUAACACCCUUGUUCAAAGGAAG